AUGCCGUUCGAGAUAAUCCAGAUCCCCCGGGGCGAUAAGAAUAUUCGUACUUUUGUAGAACGUUACAAAGAGUUCCGACUCCUUUCCCUAAAGGUUGCACCCGAAGCGUUUGGCUCGACACUCGAGAGAGAGCUCGCCUUCACUGACGAGACUUGGUACAACCGUCUAGCAAACCCUAAAGCAGUCACGUUUCUAGCUCUUCAACGGGGUCGCAUCGUUGGGUCAUUGACAACCAUUGGCCCCCUUCCAUUUAGCCCAGAUGAAUCGUCUGCUAUCAGUAAUCCAUGGGAUUCGCUAGACGGUGAGCUUCCUGCGCAUCUAAAAGAAUCACACUGGCGUGUCAAUGGAAUGUUCACACUUCCCGAAGUCCGAAGACAGGGCGUUGCCAAAGCACUGAUGGAGAAAGUUGUCAACUUUGGGUCUGAAGAAGCUUCAAGAACUGGAAGGACAUUUGCCGGAAGUAUAGUGGUAGAUGCAGACAACCCUGCUGCCAAAACCCUCUACGAGAGCGCUGGAUAUGUUGUUAUCAAAGAGGAAACCCAUUCCCCUGGAAGUUCUAGGACUGUUCUCUUGAUGAAGUAUUCGCCGACCCCAGCUGUUGCCAAGACUCUCAAUUGA